AUGGUGGCAGCUACUAUUGUCUGUGGCUUACUUGAUCCUGAAGCUGCGUUGUUCCUAAGGUUACCCCAGUAUAACCUUGUGUGCGGCAAUGUCUGGAUGCUGGAUCUCUCGCAGGCUAUCCUCAAUCUGGGGUUUCUGACCGGUGCGUUCACCCUGGGCUACGCUGCAGACAGAUACGGCAGAAUCCUCAUCUACCUGCUCUCCUGUCUUGGGGUUGGGAUGUGUGGUAUCAUAGUGGCAUUUGCACCAAACUUUACUGUAUUUGUGAUCUUCCGUUUUCUCCAAGGUGUGUUUGGCAAGGGAACCUGGAUGACAUGCUACGUGAUCGUGACAGAGAUUGUUGGUUCUGACCAGCGGAUCGUUGGGAUUGUGAUUCAGAUAUUCUUCACCCUGGGAAUUAUGAUUCUCCCUGGAAUUGCGUACUUGAUUCCCACCUGGCAGGGAAUCCAGCUGGCCAUUUCACUGCCCAACUUCCUCUUCCUGCUCUACUACUGGGUGGUUCCUGAAUCUCCACGUUGGCUCCUGACACGCAAAAAGGGAGAGAAGGCAUUAAAAAUCAUGCACAACAUUGCAAAACACAACGGGAAAUAUCUCUCACCACAUUACUCAGAG